AUGAUAUAUGUUGUAGAGUUUCAGAAGAGAGGAUUGCCACAUGCUCAUUUCCUGUUGAUUUUGCAGCAGCAAUAUAAGAUGAAGUGUCCUGCUGAUUAUGACAAGUAUGUUUGUGCAGAGAUACCUCCUGUGACUCAGCCUGAAUUACGUGCAAUUGUUUUAAGGCAUAUGAUGCAUGGACCAUGUGGCGAGAUAAAUCCAGAGUACCCUUGUAUGGAAAGAGAGACAAUGUCAUUUCUUGUAAAAAUGGAUACUGGAGAAAAAGUGAAGGUCAGAAAUGCUCAAUUAGAAAACCGAUGGGUUGUGCCAUAUAAUCCUUAUCUCACAACUCUCUUUGACUGUCAUCUAAAUGUCGAAGUAUGUUCAACUAUAAAAGCAGUAAAGUAUCUUUAUAAAUAUGUUUACAAGGGACAUGAUCAGGGGGCCUUUAACGUGUCAGCUGAGGAUGCAAAUUGUGGUGAUGAAAUUGCUCAAUUUCAGUCAGGAAGAUGGGUCUCACCUUGUGAAGCAGCCUGGAGAAUUUUUGGGUUUGAUUUAUUUGAGAUGUAUCCACCGAUCUUGCCUCUUUCUGUUCAUAUUUCAGACAUGAACACAGUUUGUGUACGCCCCUAUGAACGUUUAGAUGUUGGCAUUGCAAGUGGUGCGUAUGCUAAGACUCCUUUAACAGAGUUCUUUCGUAUGAAUGCAGCUACUGAGAAUGGGUUAAGAUACUUAUACGGGGAAUUUCCAGAGCACUACAAGUGGUAUGCCUCUAAAAAAGCAUGGUAUAAGCGACAGUCUAAAAAGCCAAUGAUUGGCCGAUUAGCUUUUGUGGCCCCUUCUGAAGGUGAGCGCUUUUACCUUCGAUUGCUCCUGUUACAUGUGAACAGUCCAAAGUCUUUUCCAGAUCUUCGUAUAGUUAAAGGUUAUGUGUAUGCACGUUUCAAAGAAGCUUGUCUUGCAGCGGGUAUUCUGGAAAAAGAUGAUGCUGCAAGUAUUUGUUUAGCUAAACCUACUGAAAUUCAGCUACCGGUGGCCUUGCGUCGUUUAUUUGCAACUGUUCUCAUAUUUUGUCAACCGAGCAAUGCUGAAAAAUUAUGGUACAAGUACUAUUUUGCAUUGUCAGAAGAUUUAGCAAGAAAGUAUUCUGGUGCAGAAAGAAAAAUUAAGAAACUAACAGUCAGGUCAGUGGAGCAACAUCUAGAGGCCAUGGGGAAAUCGUUAGGUGAGUGUGGUCUAGAUGUUUUAAUAAACAACAAUGAUACAGAAAUAGAUAUAAAAAAAGAUAUUCUGAACGCAUUGGAUGCUGCAAUUCCUCAAGCAUGCAUAGACUGUUGCAGCUUAUUAAAUUCAGCACAAAGGGAAAUAUUUACUUCUAUAAUGAAGCAUAUUGUCGAAGGAAAACCAGGGGCCUUCUUUGUAGAUGGUCCUGGUGGAACGGGUAAAACAUUCCUAUAUAAUGCGUUGUAUGCUGAGAUCCGUAUUAUGAAUAAAAUUGUUUUGCCAACAGCUACAUCUGGAAUAGCGGCUGCAAAUAUUCCAUCUGGCAGAACAGCACAUUCGAGAUUUAAAAUUCCGGUAGAUAGUGAUGAUUCAUUGGCAUGUAGUGUUUCUAAGCAAAGUAGCCUGGCUGCAUUGAUACAAGAAACAACUCUUAUAAUAUGGGACGAAGCAUCAAUGGCUAACAAACAGAAUAUAGAGUCUCUAGACCUUCUCUUACGGGAUAUAUGUGAUAAUGAUGUUUUGUUUGGUUGGAAAAAAGAAGCAGUUGAAGCAAGCGUUGUCAGUUCUCAUAUAUGGCACCACUUGAGAAGAUUCAGGUUAACAGAAAACUUAAGACCUAGAGAAGAUCCUUCAUUUUCUCAGUUUUUACUUGCAUUAGGAAAUGGUGAAAUGCAAAAUAAAGAAAGUGACUUUGUUGAGUUACCAGCGCAGAUAGUGUAUACUUUUGAGCCUGAUGAUAAUCCAAUGCUUCUGGUGCUUGAGCAUUCUUUUCCAGAGCUUGAUUCAAGUGCUUUAGAUCAUCAAAUCUUUUCUAGAAGAGCUGUUUUGACACCGAUAAAUGAAGAUGUUGAUAACAUCAAUUCUUUCAUGAUUGAAAGAUUCCCGGGACAAGCUGUAACUUAUACAAGCUAUGAUAGUAUUUUGGAUGAUACUGGCAGUGUAUAUCCUACAGAAUUUCUAAAUAAAUUGUGCCAAGGAGGACUCAGUCCUCACAACCUUGUGUUAAAAGAAAACUGCCUAGUAAUAUUGCUCAGAAACCUUUUGCCUUCUUCUGGUCUAUGCAAUGGAACACGCCUUAUAUGCAAGCGUUUUUUUCCUAAUUUAAUUGAGUGUGUCAUUUCCAUUGGCCAACAUCAAGGAGAGCAUGUUUUUAUACCAAGAAUUAAACUCAGGCCAUCAAGUUCCCAGAAGUAUCCUUUUCAGUUUCAAAGAAGCCAAUUUCCAAUCAAACUAAGCUUUGCAAUGACCAUUAACAAGUCACAAGGGCAGACCUUAGAUCAAGUGUUAAUUUAUCUCCCUCGAUCAUGUUUCUCACAUGGUCAAUUGUAUGUUGCUCUAUCACGAGCACGAACUAUGUUAAAAACAUUGUCUCCUAUACCGUGCUAA